AUGGAUUUCUCAAGUCAGAUUAAAAAUUGUAAGAAGUCUCUGAAGCCAACAAAAACAAUUCUAACGAAUUAUUUGGGCGAAAAAUUUCAAGUGCAGGGAGAGACUGCGGAGAAGCUAGGUGAAGGGUAUUCCUUCGUUGUUGAUAAUAAACCAGACCUCCAGGUCGCUAGAGUUGCCCCUGGGGUGUUUCUGAGCUCCCAGGAUCCGGUAUUUUCCUUAGAAAUUCUGAAGGAAAACAAUAUCAAGAGCAUUCUGAGUCUCGGCAUCGAGCCAGACGUGAAAUUCCCCUCGAUUUCCUAUUUCUUCUUCGAGAUAUUAGAUGUCCCCGAGUUCAGAAUAGCAGAGGUCCUGGACAACUGUCUCGAUGUAAUCAGGAAUUGUCGAAAGGAGAAUAUUCUCGUGCACUGUAAUGCGGGGAUCUCUAGAUCCGCCACAAUUGUGAUUGCUUACCUCAUGAGGGAGGAGAACUUGAACUUCCAAGAGGCGUUGGAUAAAGUUAAAAGGAUAAGACCCUGUGUGAGACCCAACGAGGGCUUUGUCAAGCAGUUGAAAGAAAUUGAGACCAAAAAAUGAAUGAGAGAAUUGUCAAAAUAGCUGUCUUAUGUAUAAUACUUCAUUGUAAAAUAGGAUUUGACAUAUGAAAAAAUUGACAGGAACGGGUGAAUAAAGUAAGUCCAUAAUCGUUUAACAA